AUGGACCCAGACAAUCCCAAUGGGUACAGUAAGAGAGGUUCUAUGCACCAGGCGUUAUAUAGCCGUCCCGUGGAGCGACGAGCUAGUAAGAAAUCCUCAUCCCGGGAUCGACACGGCAUGGUAUAUCCAGACAAUUUUCGAGAUACCGGCAUUCGCACAGUGACACCGGAAUCACACUCCCCUUUAUCCGAAUCCGAAUACUUGACCCAGAGUGCGCCUUCACCUCGGACCACUAUGCGAUCGCGAACCAUCGAACGAAGCGAGGAGGGAACACCGACUGAGGGAAGGACCGUGCGUACGCGAUCGCGAACCGCGACAUUGGAGGAGCAACGGAGCGACAUGCCAUCCAAUACCUUCAAGGCGCGGACCCGAAUCGGAUCGGUCAAUGCUACCAGUUCAUCCCAAACCAAGAUGGCAGAAAACAAGACAGUGGAGGAUUCUUCAUCCUCGAUCGGCUUUCCUUCAAUACAAACCCCCAAUUAUAUCGGACAGGCGGUAACGCGCCAACGACUCAAUAAAUCUCCUGGAAGUGGCCGGUCCAUCGCAAUCGCUCAAAAUUCAUUCUCAUCACCUCUCUCAAACACGGAUUCAGCCAAGAUUCUUCAAUUGAUGAAAACAACCUGCGGAAGGAUGCACGGGAUUCUUUCAUUCAGAACAACAUCCACCAACACUCGAUCCGCAAGCUCUUGGACAUCCGGGUACUGCGCAAUCAAUGUCGCCACUGGAAGUCUUAUAUACCAAGCAAAGGGUGAACCGGCAUUGGCAAAGACUUUGAUCCCAGAUCUACGUGGCUGCCGCGUUCGAACCCUGUUUGAUUCAGAGCUUUCAAUGACAUACCUAAGUGUUCAAACAUUCACCUCGGGCCUUGGAAUUCAGCUACGUCCUCAUGUCAACGAAACCUUCGAUUCGUGGCUCGCGGCUCUACUCUGUUGGCAACCCAUACGCCCCAAGGGCGUUCAAAACAAAAUGACCAAACCUCAAUCGGUUGUAAUUGGGGACCGCCGUAUUCCGGAGCGAAGAAGAAAUUCGGAAAGCGCAAAUCAAAAAGAUGCUGCGAUCAUCAAGGUUGGUAAGAUGCUUCUUUGGGACGAGCCAUCGGCAGCUGGAAUAAGACCGGAAUCCGCGCGGCGCGUAUCUACUUACAGACAGUCCAGAGCUCUCUCUUCCUCUUGGCAACGAGUAAGCUGUACAUUACAGGAGAACGGCGCUUUCAAGCUUUUUACCGAGUCGGAUGUUACCUUGGUAGCGUUCAUCAACCUUUCUCAGUUAUCACGCUGUGCGAUUCAACAAUUAGACUCCUCGGUACUUGAUGAUGAGUUUUGCAUUGCUAUUUACCCGCAAUAUACGGCACAGCCCGUCCCCGACGUAGCAAUGCGUCCUAUCUAUCUCGCCCUUGAAACCCGCGUCCUCUUUGAAGUCUGGUUCGUGCUACUGCGCGCGUUUACCAUUCCUGAACUGUAUGGUCCUGAAAUCACCACUGAAGAAGAAGAUUCCAAUAAGACACCCGAGGCCGACCCAUCGCCCACUAAGGGUAUGUUCCGAAUCGAAAGAAUACUCCAUUUGCGAGUCACCGAAGCCAAGCUAUUUCGUGCCAAGGAGGAAGAAACCCCGCGAAGUCGAAAGGCAUCUAGAGCUCAUGCGCACCCUGCUCCGCCCACACCCAAGAUCAGCGAUUUUUACACCGAGGUCCUUCUAGAUGGAGAAAUACGCGCCAAGACUGCUGUAAAAUAUCGUACAACAAAUCCAUUUUGGCGAGAAGAAUUCACCUUCAAUGAUCUACCACCUGUCCUCUCACAAGCUUCGAUAUUGGUCAAAACCCUCAACGCACAGCGGGAUUGGACUCUUAUUGCCCAAGGGACAUACCCGUCCAAUCAAGAAGUCAACGCAGUCAACAUGCUGGAUGAAAUUGAAAUCUCCACCAAAGAUGCGAUUUUUGGAAGGGUGGACUUGCGACUGGACGAAUUGGAGCCAGGCGUAGACUGUGAAAAGUGGUGGCCCGUUCUUGACGAUCAAGACCAAGCAGUUGGCGAGAUGUUCAUGAGAGCUCGAAUGGAGGAAACGGUGGUCUUGAUGUCUGAGGAAUAUGCACCAAUGAAAGAGCUCCUCCACAAAUUCACAAACGGUCUCACCGUCAAUAUGGGACAAGUUAUGUCAUCUGAAUUGAACCAGCUUUCUGAAAUGCUCCUGAAUAUCUACCAGGUGUCGGGUGCUACGGUGGAUUGGAUCUCAGCGCUGGUGGAAGAUGAGAUCGACGGCCUUCACAAAGAGUCCACUGCCAGUCACCUACGAUACACGACGAGGAUUCAUUCAAAUAACUCCCAAGACUCAUCCGGUCACGAACGUAAUGUUCUUGUAAGAGACAUGGGAAGGACUGCUACUGUGGAAGCGAAUCUUCUUUUCCGAGGAAACUCACUAUUGACAAAAGCCCUUGACCAACACAUGCGUCGAUUGGGCAAAGAGUAUUUGGAAGAGACAAUCGGAGAGCGACUUCGCGAAAUUGACGAGAGCGACCCUGAGUGUGAGGUUGACCCAGCCCGAGUCCCACGCGCCGAAGACCUUGACCGCAACUGGCGAAACUUGAUCAACCUAACUACCACGGUGUGGAAGUCUAUUGCAAUUUCAUGGUCUCGGUGCCCAGCCGAGCUCAGGCGCAUCUUCAGACAUGUUAGGGCAUGCGCUGAGGAUCGAUAUGGCGACUUCCUACGCACUGUGACCUAUAGCAGUGUAUCCGGCUUCCUGUUUCUCCGGUUCUUUUGCCCAGCCAUCCUGAAUCCCAAGCUGUUUGGGCUCUUAAAGGAUCAUCCUCGAUCCCGUGCGCAGCGCACUUUGACACUGAUCGCAAAGGCUCUUCAAGGAUUGGCUAAUAUGACAACAUUUGGCAAUAAGGAGCCGUGGAUGGAGCCAAUGAACAAGUUUCUCGCCGGUAACCGCGCAGAAUUCAAGCAAUUUGUCGACCUCAUUUGUGAUAUCCCAUCCAAUGCGACAGCACCAAUCCCCACUCCCUCCUACACCACUCCACUGCAAAUUCUUGGACGCUUGCCUCUUACCUCGCGCGAAGGGUUCCCCAGUCUUCCAUUUCUGAUUGACCAAUCUCGAUGCUUCGCAAACUUGAUUCAUAUUUGGCUUGAGGUUGUCCCAGAAAGGCUCUCCGAACUGGAAGAGAUCGACCCAUCUCUCUCCAAAUUUCACGAACUUGCGCUCCAUCUCCAAGAGCGUACUGAGGAUUGUCUCGACGAGGCAGAACAAGCAGAGCGUCCCAACGGCACACUUGAAGUUAAAUGGGAAGAAUUAGUUGACUCCAUGGAGCGGGCUGUAACUCUCCAUGAAGAAAGUUCAAGCAAGCCAACUGCUCCAGCUCUAGCUCAAGAGUCCGCUGCGGUCACCGCUGCCACUGCUGCCAUUGCCCCGGGCUCAUCUGCCUCAAACACUCCAGGCCAUCGUGGCUCAAUCGGAUUCUUCGCUCCUCGACCUGCCAUUCCUCGUCGAUCAACUGAUCACGGGCCAGAAGAUGACGACACUCCGCCCAGCUCAUCUUCAGCAACGUGGGAUCAAUCACGCAUGCCUUUCACGAUACCCCGCUGGUCCGAUCCCCGCGAUAGUACUGGUAGCUCCAAGAACUCCUCCACAUAUUCCCUCGAUUACUCCGAGAACUCCAAAGCUCGCAGAUCCAGUGUGACCAAGGAGAGCUCGAGCAAAUAUCGCUUUUUCGAUUUCGUCCCUGCGCCCUCUCGUCGCAAGGCCAAAGAGCGUGAUCAGUCCGGCAACCACUCGCACGAGGACCUCCGGAACGAAAUUUGA